UCUGAGAUCUACCACUUGCAUCUGGGCUGUUGCAGCAAUGGCUUCCAAAUGCCUCAAGGCCAGCUUCUCCUCUGGAUCCCUCAAAAGCCCAGGUGGGGCUAGAAGUGGUUCAACACGUGUGUCCGAGAUGUACUCCAGCAGCUCUUGCAAGCUCCCGAGUCUCUCCCGAGGGGCUCGGAGUUUCUCUGUGUGCUCAUUAGGGCUGGGCAGAAGUGGCUACCGGGCCUCCAGCUGCCUCCCUGCUCUCUGCCUCCCCAAUGGGAGCUUUGCUACCAGCUACAGUGUGGGUGGAGGCUGGUUUGGGGAGGGCAUCCUCACCGGCAAUGAGAAGGAGACUAUGCAGUCCCUGAACGACCGCCUGGCCAGCUACCUGGAGAAGGUGCACCAGCUGGAGCAGGAGAAUGCCAGCCUGGAGAGCCGCAUCCGUGAAUGGUGUGAGCAACAAGUGCCCUACAUGUGUCCUGACUACCAGUCCUACUUCCGGACCAUUGAGGAGCUCCAGAAGAAGACACUGUGCAGCAAGUCUGAGAAUGCUAGGCUGGUGGUGCAGAUUGACAACGCCAAGCUGGCUGCAGAUGACUUCAGGACCAAGUAUGAAACAGAGGUGUCCCUGCGGCAGCUGGUGGAAGCUGAUAUCAAUGGCUUGCGUAGGAUCUUGGAUGACCUGACCCUGUGUAAGGCAGACCUUGAGGCACAGGUGGAGGCCCUGAAGGAGGAGCUACUUUGCCUCAAGAAGAACCAUGAGGAGGAAGUGAACUCACUGCGUUGCCAGCUUGGUGAUCGGCUCAACGUCGAGGUAGAUGCCGCUCCUCCUGUUGACUUGAACCGUGUUCUGGAUGAAAUGAGGUGCCAGUAUGAGACUCUGGUGGAGAAUAACCGCAGGGAUGCUGAGGACUGGUUUGACAACCAGACUGAGGAGCUAAACCAGCAGGUGGUGUCCAGCUCAGAGCAGCUGCAGUCCUGCCAGGCAGAGAUCAUGGAGCUGAGACGCACUGUCAAUGCCCUGGAGAUCGAGCUGCAGGCCCAGCAGAGCAUGAGAGAUGCUUUGGACACCACCCUGGCAGAGACGGAGGCCCGCUACAGCUCCCAGCUGUCCCAGAUGCAGUGCCUGAUCAGCAGUGUGGAGUCCCAACUGGGUGAGAUCCGGGCUGACCUGGAGCGUCAGAACCAGGAGUACCAGGUGCUGCUGGAUGUCCGGGCCCGGCUGGAGUGCGAGAUCAACACGUACCGGGGCUUGCUGGAGAGCGAGGACAGCAAGCUCCCAUGCAACCCGUGUGCCCCUGACUACUCACCCUCUAAGUCAAGCCUCCCCUGUCUUCCUGCUGCUUCCUGUGGUCCUGGUGCAGCCCGCACAGCCUGCAGCCCCCGCCCUGUUUGUGUGCCCUGCCCAGGGGGCCGGUUCUGAGAGCCCUGAUAGGGCUCACUACAAAUACAUGCCUUAAAGUUUCUUAGAGCUGUCACUGAGGCUGGCUACCCAAAGGCCUCAACACUUAUCAUUUCAAUGGGCACAAGAUCUCUGUUCUGAGGAUGAUUCCUGGGUCGGGCUUCCUUUCUGGGUGUGUUCCAGUAGGUUCUGAAGUGCAAUGCAGGGUGUCUGUUGGUAGAACAAUAAAGGGUGUUUGUUCUGGCUCUGGAUGACUGACU